ACCUACGGCGUGUGUGAUAACAGCGAAAACUUGUGAAAUUAAAGUUGUUAGAAAACAAUUGCUGCAUAAUUUGAUCAUAAAUUAUCUAAUAAAAUUUACCAAAAUGUUCCAGCUGGUUGGAAGAAUUCCAAGUAACGUACUUGCAUCAAAUGUUCUAAAAAUCAACCAAAGAGCUCCGAAAGUAAGUGCUCCGUCAUGUUUUGCUCUUCCGAACAAUAGAUUUAAAUCUACUGAGGCAGAGCCGGCGUUAACAUCUGAGGACUUUAGAAAGAAGCAAAUACGCUUCAAUAUAAAAGCGGAACAUGUUGAAGGUAGGCCACUAUAUCUUGACGUUCAGGCAACAUCACCAAUGGAUCCUCGCGUAUUAGACGCCAUGUUGCCCUAUAUGACGAAUUACUAUGGAAACCCACACUCUCGUACACAUGCAUAUGGCUGGGAAUCUGAAAAAGCGGUAGAAACUGCAAGAGAACAGGUGGCAAAGUUAAUUGGCGCCGAAUCGAAAGAAAUCAUAUUCACUUCAGGAGCUACAGAAUGUAAUAACAUUUCUAUCAAAGGUGUUGCUAGGUUUUACGCGAGCAAGAAAAAACAUGUUAUUACUACACAAACAGAACAUAAAUGCGUGCUAGACUCAUGUCGUGCUUUGGAGAACGAGGGCUUCAAAGUGACUUAUUUGCCUGUUAAGUCAAAUGGAAUCAUUGAUAUGAAGCAAUUAGAGGAAUCUAUCACUCCGGAAACAUCAUUAGUAUCUAUUAUGACUGUAAACAAUGAAAUUGGAGUAAAACAGCCGAUAGCAGAUAUUGGUGCACUCUGCCGUUCACGAAAAGUAUUUUUACAUACGGAUGCUGCCCAGGCAGUAGGAAAAAUUCCUAUUGAUGUAAACAAAAUGAAUAUCGAUUUAAUGUCUAUAUCGGGACAUAAAAUAUACGGACCAAAGGGUAUUGGCGCACUUUAUGUGCGUCGUAGGCCACGUGUACGUCUUGAACCACUUCAAAGUGGAGGUGGGCAAGAACGAGGUCUUCGCAGUGGUACUGUUCCCGCACCUCUGGUGGUUGGAUUUGGCGCUGCUUGCGAUCUUGCUUUGAAAGAAAUGGAUUAUGAUAAAAAAUGGAUCGAUUUUCUAUCAAAACGUUUGUAUGACCGUAUAACACAGGCUUUGCCACAUGUAAUCCGCAACGGCGAUCCUGAACAGACUUAUAGCGGUUGUUUAAACUUGUCUUUUGCCUACGUGGAAGGUGAAUCGUUGUUGAUGGCUUUAAAAGAUGUGGCCCUUUCCAGUGGUUCAGCAUGUACUUCGGCGUCAUUGGAACCUUCCUAUGUGCUUCGUGCCAUAGGAACCGAUGAGGAUCUGGCUCACAGUUCAAUAAGAUUUGGUAUUGGUCGUUUUACAACCAUCGAGGAAGUUGAUUACACUGCUGACAAAUGUAUCAAACAUGUGGAACGUCUACGUGAAAUGUCGCCACUGUGGGAGAUGGUUCAAGAAGGCAUUGAUUUGAAGAACAUUCAGUGGUCACAGCAUUAAUUUUAGUUUCCAACAACUAUUGGGUCCGAGGGACUGUAUUGAAUUGUACCUACAAUUGUUAGUAAGAAAAUGUUUUCGUUUUAUAAAAGCGAUGGAAAUUUUCAAUAAGAAUUUUACAUUGAAAAAGGAAAAGCUUUUGUCUACAGAAUAACGGUCUAUUUUCGUAAUACCUAGAUAAUAUUAACGAGCUAUUAGUUAUAUGCAUGUCAUAGUUACACUCAAAUAUUAUACAAUAACAAACCGAUUAAAUAUGCAUACUUCAGUUAAAUAGAAAACUCAA